CAUUCGAUGGAACAAUAAAAAUCCUUUCUCUUUCUGUUUUAUUGUUUAAAAUCAAUCGAUAAUAAUAAUAAUGUUAAAAACACAACUUUUGAUUGGCUUUGUUAUGAUCGUUAUGGCUCAGGCCAUCGAUCCAAUACGUUUAGAACAUGAAUGGGCUAGUUUUAAAAAAAAUUAUAACCGAACAUAUCGAUCUAGCGAAGAAGAACAAUUCCGUAAACAAAUCUUUGCUGAUAAAUUGGAUUUCAUUGAACAACAUAAUCAAUUGUAUUAUCAGAAAAAAUCUUCAUUUCUUUUAGGUGUUAAUCAAUUUGCUGAUAAAAGUGUCAGCGAAUUUCGCCGUAUGAAUGGUUUGAUUGCAUCGAAAGGAAUGCAAAAUGCACCGAAAAUCUAUACAGAUAAUGAUGUUGAAUCAUUACCUGCUGAAGUUGAUUGGACUAAAAAAGGUGUCGUUGCACCAAUCAAAAAUCAAGGAAAUUGUGGAUCAUGUUGGGCAUUUUCGGCUGUUGGUUCAAUGGAAAGUGCACAUGCUUUAGCAACCGGUCAUUUGGUUGAACUUUCAGAACAAGAAUUAGUCGAUUGUUCGGGCAGUCAAGGUGAUAAUGGCUGUGAAGGUGGUUGGAUGGAUAAUGGAUUUAAAUUUGUAAUUCAAAAUCAUGGUAUCGAUACAGAAAAAUCUUAUCCAUACGCUGGAAUCGAUGAAUUAUGUGAAUCUAAAGACCAAGGCAAAGUUGUUGGUGCUACAAUCCGAAGUUAUGUUGAUGUAAAAAAAUAUGAUGAACAUGCAUUACAAUCAGCUUGCGCAAAAGUUGGUCCAAUUUCGGUUGCAAUCGAUGCUAGUUCUAAUUAUUUUAUGAUGUAUAAAUCUGGUGUUUAUGAUCAUAAUGAUUGUUCACAAGAUUGGUUAGAUCAUGGUGUAGUCGUUGUUGGUUAUGGUACUAGUUCAGAUGGUAAAGAAUAUUGGAAAGUUCGAAAUUCUUGGGGUACAACAUGGGGUAUGGAUGGAUAUAUUCUUAUGUCACGUAACAAAAAUAAUCAAUGUGGUAUUGCAUCACAAGCUAGCUAUCCUAUUGUUUAGAAUUUCAUAAUUCUAUAACAUUGAAAUAAUUUGCUAAUUAAAAAAAAAUAAACAUUUUUUUAAAAUAAAAUUUCAAAAUUUGUUUUCCUGAA